AUGAAGAAAAGCAAGAAGAGCAAGAAAACCAAGAAAACAAGUGAAAAGGUUAUUGACCCCCAUGUUCCCCAGGAGUAUAAAGGAGCCCCUAUAGAGAAUUCUGUAUACAAAACAGGGGCAAGGGCUGUAUCUUUAGUACAUGCUGUUAUUGAAUCGUUUGGUAAGAAUAUUCAAUGUUUUAGGAAUUUAAUAAUAUGUUCAUAUAAGUAUAGAAGAAUGUUACGAACAACUGCAAAUAAGUUUGAUGAAAUUAAUGAUAUGUUAAAAGGAGUUGUAUACGAAAUAUUGAAUACCUUCGAUUUAAGAGUUGCCAUAUUUAAUGUGUUUUGGCUUCGUGAGUGGGUUGAAUUUAAUUAUCGUUUAACUGGAACAAUAGGAAGAUUUUCUUUUAAUAUUACUAAGAAUACAAUAUCAUUGUUUCUUAAUAUGUAUAAGCAUUUAAAGGAUAUUUCUAAUGUACAUAUGCCUGAUUUAAUUAAGAAAGUGUAUUGUUUAGAUAAUAAAUAUAAAGCCCAAGCUGUUGAAUGUUCUGAAGAAGUUGAUGCAGAAAAUGUUGUUUACAGAUAUAGUUUACUUGAGUUAAUUGAAUUGGAUUUCUAUGUUUAUUACAAGGAAAAUUUUUAUCUGUAUAAUACCAUAUGGCCAGUUGGAAUUAAAAAUAAAUCUCCUCAUUUAACAACUGAUAGUAAAGGUAGAGUUGUGAUUCCUUGGAUUGUUUUUGGAAAUUCUUUUACUUUCUAUCUAUAUGUUUUUAAUAUCUUGACAUUAUUUAAAUGGUUUGUAUUUGAAGUAAAAAGUUUUUUAGUUUAUGUAUCAGGUUUAAUCAAGUGGUUGAAUAUCAUUGAAGAUAAACAUGUUACUAUAAGGUAUAUGUGUUGUGCAUAUUCGUUGAAAAACUUAGAUGGAGUUGUUAAAAAAGGAAUAUUUUACCUUGGAAAUAAGGUUCCCAAAGUUGUUGAAAAAGGGCUUCCUUGCCUCCCACACGUACAAAAUGUUGCAUGCAGAAUAGUUGAUAUAGAUAUGAUUGAACAGAAUGUUGUAGUAGAGAAAGUUGUAGUAGAGAAUGUUGUAGUAGAGAAUGUUGUAGUAGAGAAAGUUGUAGUAGAGAAUGUUGUAGUAGAGAAUGUUGUAGUAGAGAAUGUUGUAGUAGAGAAUGUUGCAGCACAGAAUGUUGCAGCACAGAAUGUUGUAGCAGAGAAAGUUGAAAAAAAGGCUGAAGAUGAAUUAAUGGAAAAUAUUGUUAAUGAUUGGAGAAUUUCCUUAUAUGAUAAGAGUAAAAUUAUUGCUUUACUUGCAUUGUUAUAUAAUGAAAAUGAAAGUAAUGGUGAUGAAUAUUUAGAUGUAAAUAGAGACAGAAUUAUUAACUUGCUGUUUUUUCUUUAUAAGAAAUAUAUUGAUAAGAAAGAUUUAGAACUCUCCACUAAGUCAAAAAUCACUGAUAUUUUAUGUAUGUUGUAUGCAGUAGAUUCUACUACUAAUAAGGAUGAUAAGUUGAUGAGAAAGAAUAUUAUAGAGAUCCUUUCUGUUCUUCUUAAAAAGAAAUAUAAGAAUGAACCCUUUUUCACGAUUAAGAGAAAAAAAGUUAUUGACUUAAUAUAUUUCUUUUUCGUCACAAAAGAUAAAAAAGCUGAAGUUUCCAAUAUGAACAAAAUAGUGGAAGCAAUGAAGAAUGGCAAUUCAUUUAGAAGUAUUAUUGGUAUCUUGGAUAAAAGUCUGCUUGAUAUUAAUGCCAAGGUCCAAAUGGUGUAUGAGAAGAAAAAUGAAAAAUUGCUUAGUGUUGAUGAUGAUAUGGUUACGGAUAUUCCUAAAGAGGAAGAAAUUAAAGGACUUAAAGCAGUAGCCCAGGUUAAGGAAAAUGAGUCAAUUGAAUCAAUUGAAGCAGUUGAAGCAGUUGAAGCAGUUGAAGCAACUGAAGCAGUUGAAGUAGUUGAAGCAACUGAAGUAGUUGAAGUAGUUGAAGUAGUUGAAACAAUUGAAACAAUUGAAGCAGUUAUAGUUGAAGCAGUUGAAGCAAUUGAAGUAGUUGAAACAGUUGAAGCAGUUGAAACAUCUGAAACAGUUAUAGUUGAAGAAGUUGAAAAUGAGUCAAUUAAAGUAGUUUCAGAAGUUAAUGACAUUAAAGAAGUUGAAACAGCUAAUGCAUGCAAAGUUCCACCUAAAUGUGUUGUUCCUAAAUCAGGAAAAAAGAAAAGAAGAUUGAAGAAAAGCAAGAAAAUAACUAAAAGUCAAUGCUUAUUUAGUGAUGGAGAAAUAGUUAAUAAUGAUUCUUCUGACAUCAGUGAAAAGGUAAAAACAAAGAAAAACGUUGCUGUAAUUAUUAGUAAGAAAAAUGUUGUUCCUGAACCCUCAUCACAAAAAAAUGAUAAGGAUAUGACUGAUGACUUAAUUAAAACUGUUGUUAAGAAGAAGGUUAUUCACGAUGAUUCUUCAGAAGAGAGCGAAAAAGAAGUUAUUGUCAAGCAAGUUGUUAAGAAUGAAAUAAUUGAAAACGAAGUUGUUAAAAAGGAUGUUGUUGAAAAUGAAGUUGUUGAAAAUGAAGAUAUUGAUUAUCCUUGUUAUCCUGCAGAUAAAAAAUUAAUUAUGUAUUAUGAAGUUGAUAAUAAAGUUGUUGAAAAUGAAGUUGUUGAAAAUGAAGUUGUUGAAAAUGAAGUUGUUGAAAAUGAAGAUACUGAUUAUCCUUGUUAUCCUGAAGAUAAAAAAUUAAUUAUUUAUUAUGAAGUUGAUAAUAAAGUUGUUGAAAAUGAAGUUGUUGAAAAUGAAGAUAUUGAUUAUCCUUGUUAUCCUGAAGAUAAAAAAUUAAUUAUUUAUUAUGAAGUUGAUAAUAAAGUUGUUGAAAAUGAAGUUGUUGAUAAUAAAGUUGUUGAAAACGAAGUUGUUGAAAAUGAAGAUAUUGAUUAUCCUUGUUAUCCUGCAGAUAAAAAAUUAAUUAUGUAUUAUGAAGUUGAUAAUGAAGUUGUUGUAAAUGAGGAAAAAUGUUCAACUUUGGAUAAUAACGUUGUUGUUGCAGAAGAAGAUAUUGAUUAUCCUUGUUAUCCUGCAGAUCAAGAAAUAAUUAUUUAUUAUGAAGUUGAUGAUGUGCUUGUCGAAAAUGAAGAAAAAUGUCUCGCCCUAGAUGAUAAUGUUGCUGUUGUUGAUGAAGAGGAUAUUUAUUAUGAAGUUGAUAAUGAUGUUGUUGUAAAUGAGGAAAAAUGUUCAACUUUGGAUAAUAACGUUGUUGUUGAAGAAGAAGAUAUUUAUUAUCCUUGUUAUACUGAAGACCAAGAAAUAAUUAUUUAUUAUGAAGUUGAUGAUGAACUUGUUGUAAAUGAAGAAAUAUGCUCUAAGUCGUACGAAAAGAUCGUUAUUACUAAUGAAGUUGAUAAUGCACCUACUGUUAAUGAUAAGACAUGUUCUACAUCGGACCCAAACGUUGUUACAACCGAUAAAGUUGAUAGUGCACCUACCAUUAAUGAUAAGACAUGUUCUACCUCGGACCCAAACGUUGUUACAACCGAUAAAGUUGAUUGUGAACAGGUUGUUAAUGAUAAGACAUGUUCUACCUCGGAUCCAAACGUUGUUACAACCAAUAAAGUUGAUUGUGAACAGGUUGUUAAUGAUAAGAUAUGUUCUACCUCGGAUCCAAACGUUGUUACAACCAAUAAAGUUGAUUGUGAACAGGUUGUUAAUGAUAAGACAUGUUCACCUGUCGUUGAAAAGGUCGUUAACAGAACGAACAAGUUGAAUAGUGCACUGAAAGUUGAUAAAAAUAUUUGUUCUUCUAAGAGUGAAAAAAUUGUUAAUGAAGUUGUAAAGAAUAAUUCGAACAAUGUUGAUAUUCCUCCAGUUAAGACAACGAAAAAAGUUACUUUUGUUGACGCAUUAAAUAAAAGUAAAAAUGGAAUAAAAGAGAAAUUAUGUUCAUUUGUUAACAAAAACAUUUUAAGGAGAAUACCAUUGAAGAAGAAAGUAAUAAGUGAUAGUAGUAGUGAUAAAAGUGAUAGUAAUCGUAGUAAUAAUAGUGAUCAUAGUACUAGUGAUAAUGAGACGCUGUUUGAUUAUAGGAAAAAGCUUAUUGAAGAUAUUCUUGAAAAUGAAGAGAAUGAAGUUAUUAACAACAAUUCGUCUGGUGAUUAUAAAGAAAAGGUUAUUAAUGCAAUGUUAGGUAGAGUAAAAGAAAAAGAAAUUAAAGAGGAUAUUAAUGAUAUGUCAAAAGUUGAAGCAGUAAUGAACAAUAAUAAUUCAGUUAAGCAAGAUGUAAUUUUUCAAGUACCUUCUACUCCUCAAGUAUGUACGAUUAAUCCUGAAGUAGUUAAUAGUAAUUUGAAUGUUGAAAACUCAGUAUUAUUUAUUGAGAAUCCAAUAGUUAAUGUUGUUCCUUCGUUUUUUGUUGAAUCAGUUGAAAACUCAGUAUCAUUUAUUGAGAAUCCGGUAGUUCAUGUUGUUCCUUCGAUUUUUGUUCAAUCAAUUGAAACCUCGAAUAAGAGAAAUUUUCUGACGAAGAAUAAAAGGAAAUGGAUACGUAGAAGAAAAAAGAAAAGAUUAUACAAUAUAUUUGUUAUUAGAAAGUACGUUAAAAAAAUGAAGUCGAAAAGAAAUAAAAGAAGAAAUAGAAGAAGAAGAAGAAGAAGAUCAAGAAGAAGAAAUGUACAAAAAAAUUGUAUGAAUGAUAAAAGGGGAAAUGUAUUUAAGAAUGAAAAGGUUUUUAUGGUUAAUUCUCCAAUGGUUCCAUCUUCGUUUAACAUGCCACAGAAAGCGUUUGAUGCUGAUUUGCAAACAAAAAUUGAACUUGAAAAUUUUUUACAGCAUCAAAAGCAGUUAGCUUAUGAAAAACUAUUAGAAGAAGAAAGGAAAUUAGCUGAGCAAGAAAGAAUUCAAAAUGAAAUGAAAUUAGCUGAACAAGAAAGAAUUCAAAAUGAAAUGAAAUUGGAAGAAGAGAGAAGGUUGGAGUAUAUGAGGCAAUUAGAACAUGAACAAAAAAUGCAGUAUGAAAAGGAGUUAGAAGAAGUUAGAAGAAUUGAACGUCAAAAUGAAUUAGAAUGGAGAAGAAGAAAAGAGAUUUCAAAAAUGUUUAUGAAACAACAGGUUGAUAUAAGUAAGGAAAACGUUGUUGUCAAAGAGAAUGUUGUUGUACCAGAGAAUAAUUUUUUCCCUGAGAAUGUUGUUGUGCCAGAGAAUAAUUUUUUCCCUGAGAAUGUUGUUAUGCCAGAGAAUAUUAUAAACUUGGAGAAUAACACAAACACGGAGAAUUAUGCUGAAAAAUCAGAUGAUGAUAUAAAUGAAAAAUAUAUUAGUCCACCUGACAAUAUGAACGAAAGGAACUUUUUUAAAAGAGAAUGUGAUGAGGAUUAUCAUAAAAUUUUCAAUGAACAACGAGGUACUUGCGGAAAUGAUGAAAACCCUCCUGUAUAUUUUAAUGAAGAGAAUUAUAUGUAUGAACAGAAUUUUCUUAAUGAAGAAAAAAUUAAGAAAGAAGAAGAAUCAUUGAAGAGAGAAGAAAUAGAUUAUAAUAAUCCUUAUGCAGAAGAUCAAACGAAUGUUAAAGAAGAGAAUCUUUUUAACAAUCAGUUUGUAAAUGAAGCAUUGCAUAAUAAUCAAGAAAAUGUUGAGAAGAACAACAAUAAUGUUAAUGAAGAAGCUAAUAAGAAGGUAUCAAACAAUAUAGAUGAUUUUGUUAAUGCUGAUGAAUUUCUUGAUACAGAUUCGCAAUUAUCAGAAGUGAAUCCUUUUGAAAAUAAAACAGAGUCAAAAGAAGAGAGUUCUGAUAGCGAUGCGUCAUGUACCACAAAUGGAGACAAUCGAAGGAAUAGAGAUGCUGAAACAAGUUUUGAUGAGGACUAUGCUUCUGCUAGUGUAACUAGAUCAUCGUGUAAUUAUGAAGAAGAAUUUGUUGAUGUUGACAAUAGUGAUAUGGAAUAUUCUGUAAUGUUUCCAAAUAGAUGGAGAGUAGAUUAUCAUCAUGAUUUCGCUGAUAUUUUAAAUAAUAUGCCAUUUCCUGACACAUAUAUGGUUCCUAAUCCCUCUGAAUAUAUUGAGAAUGAGAAUUACACAAAAUUAAAGAUUAACUAUCCUGUAAGGGAUACAUCAGAUAAAAUAAUGUCUUAUCUAAAAGAAAAGGAUGCCAUAUUAGGUCACAAAUGGAAACAAGCACAGGAAUUUUUGUUUCAAACAGUAAAAUUUUUUAAAGCUUUGAAAGAUCGUGUUAAAAGAAAGUUUAAGUAUUCCACAAAGGUAAGUACAUAUCAUUAUUAUGCGCACAGAAUAUAUGAACUUUUGCCUAAGUUAAGUUUUUCCACAUGUAAGAAAGUAUAUAUGUAUUUGGAUGAUGUGAAGCCACAUGUAUUAAAUGAAUUAGCACGAGAUGAGUUCAUAGAAGAAAACAAUACAAGAAAUUUAUCGUUUGAAAUAAGGAAGAGUGAGAAAUUAACAACAAAGGCAAUACGUUUACAUUUCCUUAUUUGUGUAGAUUUUUUGAUUGAAAAUAUGAAUAUAAUUAUAGAUGCAGAUAAUAAACAGAACGAAUUAAUUAAAUAUAAGGAAUUUUAUUUUAGUCGAUUUGGCAAUUUAGUACCAUUUUAUGACACCAAGCAUCCAUACAUUUUGGAGCUUGAAAAAUUACAGAAAGGAUUAUAUCUUUUAGUAUUUAGAUUAGAAGAAGCAAUGUUGUUCAUUAAGUAUUGUGAUUAUGAUAUGGAUAGAAUAAUAAGAGGUUCAAGUUCUCAUUUCAAUUGUUUUAAUUUAAUUCUAUGUCAUUGGAUUUUUAGAAUGAGAAGAGUUUGUACAGAUUCAGUCAAAGAAUGGGUAUUUCCUAGUGAAUUAUUUGCAGAUGUACAUAAAGAAUCUAUGAUUACUACUGCUGCAAGAACUGAUGAAUCUCUGAAAAGAACCAAACCACCUGUUGAUGAUGCAUUAAUAAUUGAAGUUUUAUUAAAGUAUAAGGAUUCUAUAGAGGAUGGUAGCUUGCGUCCUUAUGAUGAAAGAUGUAUUAGAAAUUCUAAGGCCAUGUUCAAAGUUUAUUUGUGUACCAAAUUAUUAUAUGAUAGAGUAUGUGAAGAAUUAGCAUUAUACAAUGUUGAAAUAAUAAUAAAUAAUGAUUUGUUUGAAGUUAUUUGUUCUAAACAUUUUGAUAUACUUCACUCAUGGGACCGAAUAUCUAAGUUGAAUGAGCAAAUAAACGAGUGGAAUUUAUGUAACGAACCUUUAUUAGAAGAAGUACCGAAUUUAUAUUUGGACGUGUUUAAGAGAAAUUCUGACGAUGAAGAACCAAGAUAUGAGGCAUUUGACAGACUUAUGAAUAUCCACUUAGAAGCUACUAGAAUAGAUAUAGAACAAAGUCAUACUAAGCAUCUUGCUAAAUGUCAAGGGGUUGAAUUUAUAGAUAAUAAAGAGGAAAAUAUUAAUGUUUCGAAAAAUGAAGAAGUAUUACCAAAUGUGGAACAUGUACAAAAUAAUAAUGUGAAUGAGGAAAAUAUAAAAGUUGAAUUUUGUAAUGAUGUAUAUGAAUCAAAAGAACAAACAAUUGAAGUACCAUUAGUUGAAAAGGUAGAAGAUAAUAAUUUAAUUAACAAGCAAGUGAAUGAGGAAAAUAUAAAAGUUGAAUUUUGUAAUGAUGUAUAUGAAGCAAAAGAACAAACAAUUGAAGUACCAUUAGUUGAAAAGGUAGAAGAUAAUAAUUUAAUUAACAAACAAGUGAAUGAGGAAAAUAUAAAAGUUGAAUUUUGUAAUGAUGUAUAUGAAGCAAAAGAACAAAUAGUUGAACAACCAUUAGAUGAAAAGCUACAAGAUAAUAAGAAGGAAGAAAAUAGUAAUUUAUUUCAUAAUAUAUAUCCAGGUUUUCAAAAUCAAUUAGAGCCAUGUGUUGAAAAUGUACAAAAGGAUAAUAAUUCAUUACAACCAGUACAAUUAUUAAAUAACAAUUUACCUCAAACAACUUCACCAGUAGUUGAAAAUUUACAAUAUUCAGAAAAUUAUUCACAUUUACAAAACCGUCCAUUAUAUGGAAUUCCAGAACUUGGUUAUCAUUCAGGCAGGCUCAGUACAUUACUAUCCAAGAAUGACAAAUGUAAUAAUAUUCCAUCAAACAAAUCAGACGUGAACACGCCAAAAUUGAAUUUAUUUCCAUCAAUGAAAUCAGACGUGAACACGUCAGAAUUGAAUUUAUUUCCAUCAAACAAAUCAGACGUGAACAAGUCAGAAUUGAAUUUAUUUCCAUCAAUCAAAUCAGACAUGAACACGCCAAAAUUAAACUUAUUUUCAUCAAACAAAUCAGACGUGAACAAGUCAGAAUUGAAUUUAUUUCCAUCAAUCAAAUCAGACAUGAACACGCCAAAAUUAAACUUAUUUUCAUCAAACAAAUCAGACGUGAACACGCCAAAAUUAAACUUAUUUUCAUCAAACAAAUCAGACGUGAACAAGUCAGAAUUGAAUUUAUUUCCAUCAAUGAAAUCAGGCAUGAACACGCCAAACUUAAAACUAUUUUCAUCAAACAAUUUAGACACGAACGUGCAAAAAUUAAAUUUAUUUUCAUCAAACAAAUUAGACACGAACGUGGAAAAAUUAAAUUUAUUUUCAUCAAACAAUUUAGACACGAACGUGGAAAAAUUAAAUUUAUUUUCAUCAAACAAUUUAGACACGAACGUGCAAAAAUUAGACUUUAAUAACCAUUUUGAUUCCAAUUUAACUCCAUGUAAUGAAUUCGAAUCUAAUAAUUUAAUAUCAUCCAAUAAUAUGUUAUAUGAUUAUAAAUCACAUGACUUAGAAUCGACAAACAAUUAUACAUUUGAAGGCGUCCAAGAGGAUUCAAAUUUACUUACUCCAUCUUUUGGAAAUAUGUAUUUUGAUAUAGAGUCACAAUGUAUUGAAAUAGUAGAUAAACAUCAAAAUGAUUUAGAAAUGUGUACUCCAUCUUUUGGAAAUAUGUAUUUUGAUAUAGAGUCACAAUGUAUUGAAAUAGUAGAUAAACAUCAAAAUGAUUUAGAAAUGUGUACUCCAUCAUUUGGAAAUGAAUAUGGAGAAUUAAAUUAUGAAGAUAAUAAUAAUAACUUCAAUGAGGUACACAACAAUAUGGAACCAACCGUUCAGACUGAAGAUAAUAUUCUAUAUAAUAUAAGAACUAAAUCAUUAAAACGAGGAAGAGAUAAUUCAGAUGAGAAUGUACAAUCUGAUACAGCUUUUGUAAAUGUUGUAUCAACAAAAACAGAUUUAGAAUCUGGAACAUAUGAUAAUAUAAUGGAUGAAAACAAAAUGAAUCAUAUUGAUAAUAAAUUCUGUUCUUUUGAAAAGGAAGAACCAGAAACAUAUGAAAAUAAUUUUGAUUCAAAAAAUUUAAAUAAUAUUGAUGUUAUGGAUUUUAAUAUAUAUAAAGAAGGACAUGAACAAACAUCUAAUCUUCCAAAGGUAUCUGUGUGUACAGAACCAGUAGAUGGACAACAUGAAAAAGACGCCUCCACUAUAGAAAUAGAAAAUGUCAUUACCUAUACAAAUGAAGAUGAAAUUAAUACUAUCCAAGAUAUACCAAGUAUGGAGGAUGAAAUGGAUAUAUGUGCAUCUACGGAAGUACAAAUUAAUAAAUCAAAAGAUGAGGAAGUAGAAAAAGUAGAGGAAGUAGAGAAAAUGGAGAAAGUAGAGAAAAUGGAGCAAGUAGAGCAAGUAGAAUUAGAAAUUAUGACAAGUCCUAUAAAUGAAGUUAAAGAGAUUACUUCCAUUGAAUUAUCUAAUGAAGUAUUAAAAACUAAUGUAAUGGAUAUACAUAAUUGUUCCUUAGAUAUUCGUAAAAGAAAAAAUACAACUGAUAUAGCUUUAGGAGAAUCUGAAUGUGAAAAGGUUGUAAAGAGAAUAUGUAAUGUAAAAAAAAAUGAGGAGAUAAUAAAUAGUAAGAGUAGAAAAAUAAAAAAAAAUAAAAGGAACAUGAAAAAUAAACGUAUAUCAUUAUAUAAAAUUAAAAUUUCUAACAUUCAAUCAGUAUUAAAUCAAUAUGAUGAUAAUUUAAAAAAUAUUAUUAGUAUAGUUCCAGCUAAGGCUGAAGAAUCUACAAAUGAAUCUGAAGUCAUGAAGACUGAAGAUAAAAAUAUUAUGAAUGAUGUUCCAGUAACACAAGAAGAAUUUGAUAUAAAACCAAAAGUAGUAGAAUCUAAUCUCAUCGAAUCAAAUAAUAAUAAUAAUAAUAAUAACAAAAAAUCAAAGAAUAUGAAUAUAGUCAAAAAUCCAAGUAUGGUAGUUCAUUAUAUUAAUCAAGUUAUAUAUUUUUAUAACAGCAUAAGAUAUAGUAACUUUAAUUUAUCUAUUGAUUUAAAUAUGAUUAACCUUAACAAGAAAAAUUCUAAAAUUACUACAGAUAAAUUGAUAAAAUCUAAAUGUAUUCAUAAUAGAUCAAUGAGUUCAAUCAUCAAAAAAUAUAACAGUAUGAAAAUCAAAAGAAGUGUAAUAAAGAAGAUAUUUAUCAAAAACAUUAUUCAAAAGGGAGCUGAGAAAAAGCAAGAUACUGUUAAGAAGGUGAAGAACAUUUUGAAAAGGAAAUCAGAUGCUAAUAAAAAAAACAAAAAUAAUAAAAAUAAUAAUAAUAAGGUUAAGUAUAAUAAAAUGAAAAAAAAUAUGUAUAGCACAAAUUUAAUUAUUCAUUAUGUAUUCUCCAAAUUUUAUCGUCUUCAUACUAUUAAAUUCAAAAAAUUUCUAAGGAAAUUUAAAAAGGUAUCUAUGACCAAGAAAUCUACUUUAUCAAAUAUACAAGACGUUAAAGCAGAUGUAAAGGACAGUACAUUAGAAAUAAAAUCACCUGAACAAAAUGUAAAUGAACAUAAAAGAAAGGCUACUACUGUUGCUGUUGUAAGUACAGAAUAUAUAUGCUACAGGUGUACGAAAAGAAUAUGUACUGGACAGGAUGAUUCUGAGAAUAAUGUAUCUAUCAAAAAAGAUGUGAAAGAAGACAUCGUAGAAGAAAUAAAAGAAGAUAAUAUAGAUGUAAUAAAAGAAGAUAAUGUAGAAGUAAUAAAAGAAGACAAAAAUGUAAUUGUAGAUGAUGUCGUAGAAAAAUAUAUUAUGGACAAAGUGAUCAGAGAUUAUCUUAAAGAGGAUUCAGAUAAAUCUGUGAAAAAAUAUACUAGGGAAAAUAAUAUUAAUAGUAGAAGAAAAAGAAAACGUUUUAUAUUAGAUAAAGAUUUAUAUUUAGGAUAUAAUAAAUUUUUAUGUAAUAAAGAUAAAGUGACUAAGAAUAGAAGAAGUGAUAAAGAUGAUGAUAAUAAUAAUAAUAAUAAUAAUACACCUAAGGAAAAAGAAAAUGAGAACAAUACGAAAUCUACCUUAUAUGGUUAUUUUUUACGAUUUGUUAAAAGAUUAUCUUUAAGUAGAAAUAUAGGUUUUAAUAAGAAGGAGACAUCUACCCAAAAUACAAAUGAGAAUAAUAAUAAUGAUAAUGAUAAAAAUAAUACAGAAACUGAAUCAGGUAAUUGCAUUACACGAUUUAUCAAAAGAAUAACAUUUGGAAAGAACAGAAAUAAUGAUGAGAAUAAUACAUUUAAUGAAGUUAAGUUUACCAUAUCUGAACGUAAAAAAAUUAUGCAAGAAGAAAAAGAGAGGGAAACAAGAAGUAUUUUAAAAGAUUUUCAUAGCGAAAAUGAGAGUAUAGCUAAUUAUUAUGAAGAGAAGAAGGUUGAGAAUGUUGAAAAAAAUAAUAAGAAUGAUAACAAAAAAGAUAACAAAAAAGAUAACAAAAAAGAUAACAAAAAAGAUAACAAAAAUAAUAAUAAACAUCAUAGUAAACAUCAUAGUAAACAUCAUCGUAAACAACCAGAACAGAAAACGUCUAUUUUUAAAAAAGUUUAUGAUUUUCUAAAAUCCCUUACCAAAACGACGGUUAUAAAUAGUGAUGUUCAGGAAAAUACAUCUAAAGUUGUACCUAAAUCCAUCAUAAAAAACACAAACAUACCAACACGAAAAAAUCGUAAUUCACAUAAGAAGUCAUCCAAUAAUAUAAUAAAGAAGAAAGUUACUUUUUGCCCAAAAAUUAAAAGAUGUAGUCAUAGUAAAAAUAAAAAGUUGAACCCAAAUAAAAAUGCUUAA